UUUGUUGAAGAUCUCCAGAUCAUGACCUCCCUAGUAAGCACUUCUCACCUCCAACUAGCUGCUUUUGCUUUUGGUACAACAGGCUGGAUCUUAUGCACGAUUUCAAUGGGACUUGUGGAAUGGAGAGUAUGGCAUGUGGACAACACCACCAUCAUUUCCUCUGGCAUUGCAUGGGUGGGAAUAUGGAAAGUUUGCUUCAUCAGUUACCUCCACGUUUCCUCUGACCUUAAAGAACAGAUCUGUCAUAAAAUGAAUGACUAUGAGACCUCUAUCCCUAAUGCAAUUUUUGUUGCUCAGGGCCUCCUGCUGAUUGCCAUGGUCGUUGGUGCACUGGGAAUGGCUUCCACUAUAUUUGCUCUGAGAAGUAUUUAUAUGGGAAUACUUUACAAAACUCAGAUCAUCCGUUUUUUUCUAGUGGCUGGAUUCUUGUACCUAGCUGCAGGUCUUUGUGUCUUAAUUCCAGUGAGCUGGAAUUUCUAUUCUGUAGUGCACAACCAAACGAUCUCCUUUCCCCCUUCUUUCUACAUGCCUUCCAGCCCAGUAACUCAGGAAGUUGGUGCUGCUAUUCCUGUUGGGAUUAUAUCUGCCAUCCUGCUGCUGAUGAGUGCGACUUUCUCUUUUUCUUACAGAUUUCCUGUCACCCCAAAUGCUAAGGUGUAA